AUGUCAAGGAAGCAAAGAAUGAAGAUUAGCGGCGCCGAAGAUGAAGACACCCUUUGUAGCACUGCGAUAUUAGGAAUAGCCUACCGACUAGAGGGGCGGUGGGAAGAGGCGGAGCAGCUCGAGCUGCAGGUCAUGGAAGCGAGCAAGACGAAAGUCGGCGCGGACCAUCCCGAUACGCUGGCGAGUAUGAAUAACCUGGCGUCGACAUUACAGAACCAGGGCCGAUGGGAGGAAGCGGAGCAGCUCCAGCUACAGGUUACAGAGAUAAGCAAGACGAAAGUCGGCGCGGACCAUCCCAAUACGCUGGCGAGUAUAAAUAACCUGGCGUCGACAUAUAGGAGCCAGGGCCGAUGGGAGGAGGCAGAGCAGCUCCAGCUACAGGUUACGGAGAUAAGCAAGACGAAACUCGGCGCAGACCAUCCCAAUACGCUGACGGGUAUGGCCAACCUGGCGUCAACAUAUAGGAGCCAGGGCCGAUGGGAGGAGGCAGAGCAGCUCCAGCUACAGGUUAUGGAGAUAAGCAAGAUAAAACUCGGCGCGGACCAUCCCGAUACGCUGGCGAGUAUGAACAACCUGGCGUCGACAUUACAGACCCAGGGCCGAUGGGAGGAAGCGGAGCAGCUCCAGCUACAGGUUAUGGAGAUAAGCAAGACGAAAAUCGGCGCGGACCAUCCCAACACGCUGACGGGCAUGGCUAACCUAGCUUUCACGUGGAAUUCUACAGGCCAGCAUGCUAAAGCAAUUGAUUUGCUUCGAACCUGCGUGCUCAAGCAACAACGAGUUUUAGGCCCAUCUCAUCCUCGUACUAUAUUGCACGACAAUACGCUGCUGGAAUGGGAAACUGCGCAUCUUGCUAUGAAGGCAUGA